CAAGCAUGGGUCGCCUGAGAGGAUCGAUGCGAACGCAUCUCUACAACUCGCAGCUCCCAGCCUGAAGUCCCGUCGUUUGCGGGCGGUUGAUAGGUGUCGAAACUAGGUAUAUCCACGUUGGGCAGAGCUCAAGCCAACGGCGUUCCCAGUUACGGUACUAACACGUGCAGCGAACUCCACUCGUUGCGGCCUAGGUAUAGCGGGAUGAGACGCCGGGCUGCAGACGCAGACUCCAACGGAUCUCAGAGGGUUGUUAGGCCCGCUAGCUUCCGAACACCUAAUGGGUUUGAGAAGCGCUAUCAGCUCGGAUUGGCUACGACCUUAGAGGCGUUCAGGCAUAAUCCAGCGGACGUAGCGUCAUACCAAAGUCCGGUCGGACUAGUAUUGAGCCAGUGGUCCGUACCUGUGGUUCCUCUCGUACUGCACAGGAAUUCCGUUAAGAUAGCGACUAUAAGCACACACCAGUAGGGUAAAACUAACCUGUCUCACGACGGUCUAAACCCAGCUCACGUUCCCUUGAAAGGGUGAACAAUCCUACGCUUGGUGAAUUUUGCUUCACAAUGAUAGGAAGAGCCGACAUCGAAGGAUCAAAAAGCCACGUCGCUAUGAACGCUUGGCGGCCACAAGCCAGUUAUCCCUGUGUAGUAACGCUCGAGCCGUCGUCGUGAGCAGACGUGUUUCUGUCGAGCUCCGUGUCUGAGUUUACUCAAUAUAUAUGCAGUGUGCAUAAUCGGCCGUAUAUGUGAAAUUUCAAAUUGGCGCAAAAAGGAAAAGUUGAAUAUUUCAAAAAGUUUUCGAACUUUUCACAAAAUUUUUGUUGAUAAGUCGCGGAGCCGCCGUCCUCCGGCCAUAUGCAAAAAAUUUUUGGAAAAAGUUCAUAAACAAAAAAGUGACUGUGCACGCGGUUUUUCUAAAAUAACUUGGCGAAAAAUGCUCGGAUUCGCCCAACCAAAGUGUUAAAUGGUGCGGGACGUUAUUACCUAUCGUUUGAUACCCAUAUCGGGUGGUUUAGUGAAAAAAUUGAAUUUUAUAUUAAGAGUUAAACAACUUUUUUAAGUGUUUUUUCAAAAUAUAUUAAAAAGUGUGAGGCCAUUCGAAACAGAAAAAACACCAACGUGUGCGUCGUAAAAAUACCUUUCUGGCGAGUGGUCGGACGCUCAGAUCGGUCCAUAAACAAAAAAGUUAUGGAAGUUCAAAGUUUACACUUAAUUAAGUAAAGUGGAAAAGUUGCAUAACUCCUGCAAAACGAGUUGGAGGCGCCUGGGCCCACUCGUUUGGCCCGAAUAUCGUAGGUGCUUGUACGCCCUUUCGAACGAAGUGUCGCUCGGCCCGAUCGGAGUGAUAUUGGCGGAGUAGUGCAAGUGUAAAGAAUUGGACGAAUUGUUCAAAAAGUGUAUAAGUUUUGGUGGAAACUUUGAAGUUGCACCGCGCGAAAACUACUGGGCCGAUUUUGAUGAAAAUCGAAAUCUGAGUCGGGGCCAAGUAGUUUAACAAAGUGGCAUACUCAGUUUGUUGAAAAAGUGUGUAAAAAAGUUAGUGAACUUUUUGAGUGGCGAUUUUACUAACUUUGUGAAAAGUGGUCCGAUUUUCGAAAACGACAUUUCGUUCGAAGCGUCUUGGCAAGGCAAACUCAACGACGUAUCGAGUGUCCGCGCGAAAUGAAGUUUGACAAAGUUAUUAAGAGUGCAAAAAGUGUAUAAAUUAAAUACUUAAGUAUUUAAAAAAUGCCUAAAAGUGAACGGAUUUUUACAAAAAAUACGUCAAAAGACGCGGGCUGACGAGCCCCGUUGACGAGUGUUCGUGUGGUGAAAAUCCGUGGAAAAUUACGACCAGGAUCGCGGGUGGUAGUUUUUCCUAUAGUAAAGUGUACACAAUAUACGGUUCGUCCAGACGUGUUUGCGCAAAAUUUUGCCCUUGGUUGACCUUGGCACGUGCCGGCCGGGCUUGGACGAAAAUCUUGCCCCCCCUGGACCAACGGUCAACGGCUGUGACGUCAGCGGCUGCCCCCCCUUGACCAACGGUCAUUUGCUGUGACGUCAGCAACGGCCGUACGGGGCGUGACGUCACAGGCAUACAGUGCAAACCCAAAAAGUGCCGUAAGUUGGAAAAUUGUGGGCCGAUUUGGAAAAUUUUUGUUGGUAACUCGCGGAGCCGCCGUCCUCUGGGCGCAUGCCAAAAAUUUUCCGGAAAAUCGGUAAAACAAAAAAGUGUAUGUGCACGCGCUUUUCCGGCCAUAUCUCGUCGGAAAAUUGCCCGAUCCGGAAAAUUCCAACGCCAAACGGUAGGGCCGUGAAAGACCAACCCGCCGGUGUGUGAAAAUCGCGGAUCGGAAAAGCCUGUGAAAAGUUACGAGCGAUUUUCCACGAAAAAUAGUGUUUUUCCGGAAUAACUUUUCCGGGAAAAUCGGAAAAAUUCAGGAGACGUGUGUAACGGGUGCGCGGGGAAAUUCGGCUUGUCUGGACUACCCGGACGUCCAAAUCGGACGGUAAAUAAGCGAACAGUGCAAUUUCCAGUUUCGUGACGUCUAACUGCACCACCAAAGCACUAGAGGGCGCCACCUGUCAAAAUUAAAACUGGUCUAUCUCUGGAACCACUGGUCGGAUCCGGACGGGCAAGUGCUCGCUGGAAUCAGCAUCGCCCCGGCUAUCUGCCAGUGCUGCCAUCGUGGCCAUUUUCGGCCGUUUCAGGGUUGCCAGUUUUUGACAGGUGGCCAAAAUUUCAACUAUGCACCACUCCGAAACGGGUAGCCCCAGCUGAACGGGCAAGUGUUUGCUGACAUUGGCAUUUGCCCGGCUACCCAGCAGGGUGGCCAGCUUGGUCGAAAAAAGCUUGCGGCAGUGUUGCCAGCCUUGAGUAUAGUGUAUCGUUUCGUGUCGCGCGUUCAACGCAGAGUGCGACGGGCUGCGUCCAUACCCUCGUAUAAAGAGGUGCGCGCACGAACGGGAAAGUGAUUCAACAACGCAGGGGAUGGGCGACGAGGCCCAACCCCCACAAGUGAGUGGGCCGUACCAGUUGCGGUCAAGAAAAGGGUCGGUGGCUGUGAUGCAGCCACAACCCAUCGAGCGCCCGGCCACACCGAUGAUGGAUGUGUGCUAUUCAAGCGACGACGACGAGCUGAAUAGCACCAUCAUCGCGAUGCCGGAACCCGCGUCGGAGUGUGAGGCAGCGGAGGCGGCCAUGGACCUGGAGCCACCAGCAGCAGCACAGCCAACACCAACGGCAUCCCCUGUCCCGGGCAACGCGGUAGUUGCUGGGCCCAUCGACGCGGGAAGUUGUGCCCUGCUGAUGGCACAGCUUCAAAGCAUCGGCGCCCAGCUAACGACGGCGCUGGAGGAGCUGCGACUUUGCCGCGAGGAAAACGCGGCACUCCGCCGCGAGAACGAGCUGCUGCUCACGGGCACUCGUUCGGUGCUUGAGCUGCAGACUGCAGCGAACGCAACCCUCCAGCAGUCGUCGGGGCAAGGCGGUAAUCGGGAAACGGCCCGGAAGCGCCAACAGCGGCUGAGAAAGCGCGAACGAGAACGGCAGCAGCAGCAGCAGCAGCAGCAGCAGCAGCAGCAGCAGCAGCAGCAGCAGCAGCAGCAGCAGCAGCAGCAGCAGCAGCAGCAGCAGCGGCAACGUCAGCAGCAGCAGCAGCAGCAGCAGCAGCAGCAGCAGCGCCAACAGCAGCAGCAUCGUCAGCUGCAGCGUCAACAGCAGCGUCAGCAGCAGCUGCAGCAACAGCAACAGCAGCAGCAGUCACUGCAAAGUUUGCUUCAACGCGAACAGAGGCAGCAGCAGCUUCCUCCACGACUGCAGCAGCAACAGCAGCAACAGCAGCAGCCACAGCAACAACAGCAGCAGCAGCGUCAGCGUCAGCAGCAGCAGCAGCAGCAGCAGCAGCAGCAGCAGCAGCAGCAGCAGCAGCAGCAGCAGCAGCGGCGGCAGCAGCAGCAGCAGCAGCAGCAGCAGCAGCAGCAACAGCAGCAGCAGCAGCAAAGUUUGACUCGACGCGAACAGAGGCAGCAGCAGCUUCCCCCACGACUGCAGCAGCAACAGCAGCAGCUACAACAACAACAGCAGCAGCAGCAACCGCAGCAGCAGCUUUGGACAACGGUGGUAAGAGGCCACCCGUCCCAGCGGCAACGCCAACCGCAGCAACAGCAGCAGCAGCAGCAGCAGCAGCAGCAGCAGCAACAGCAGCAGCAGCAAGGUGAGCGCUAUGUCCCACCACAGCUCCGGCAGCAGCGACAGCAGCAGCAGCGCUCGCAGCACCAGCAGCAACAGCCGCAGCAGCAGCCGCAGCAGCAACAGCGUCCACAGCAACAGCGUCCACAGCAGCAGCGUCAACAGCAGCAGCGACCUCAGCAACAGCGAACACAGCAGCGAAAGCCGGCCAAGCCCGAGCUCAUCGAGGUAUCACCCAAUGAAGGUCAGGAUUGGGAAAGCCUCCUGCUGCUCGUGCAAACGGCAGUUAAGACUGACGAGCGGUACAAGCCGCUUAAGGACCACGUCGUCCUGGGCCGCCGCACCAGUAAGUCGUUGCUGCGACUCACGCUCAGCCGCAAGGCGAAUGCGCAGUAUAUGCUGCAGCAGGUUCGUGCCAUCGUGGGCAGUGCUGGAGUGUGCCGGCACGUUACAGAAAUGGCGUCAGUGGUCAUACAUGACGUCGACCCGCUAGCCCGAGAGGACGACCUCACUUCGCUGCUUGACAGCAAGUUCGAGUCGGGAGCGGGAAUUGUGUCGACCACAAUGACACAGAUGGCCGAUGGCACCCAGCGGGCGUACGUGCGAUUGCCUGCAAAGUUCGUGAGUGAACUCGACGGCACAAAGAUCAAGCUGGGCUUUUGCGUCAGCAAAGUCAGAGCCGCGCCGCCGACCCCUCGAGAGCGUGUGCGCUGCUAUCGCUGCCUCGAGCUGGGUCAUCGGGCCCAUGACUGCCGUUCACCCGACGAUCGGCAAAACAUGUGCAUACGCUGCGGCGUUGUGGGGCACAUGGCAAAGGCAUGCACUUCUCAACCAAAGUGCCUCAAGUGCGGUGGUCCACACGCAAUGGGACACCCCGACUGCGCCCGGUCGGCCUUGCAAUGACCCCACAACUGCGAGUAAUGCAGGUGAACUUGGGCAGAGGAGAGAGGGCCCAGGACAUUGCCCUCCAAACUGCCCGAGAGAAGAAAGUGGACGUGCUG